AUGCUCCGCCUGGCUGGUUGCGUAGCUGGCAUCUACUCCUGCUUCUUGACAUGGGGCUACUACCAAGAAAAGGUCUCAACAACCCCCUACGGACAAGACGCACAAAAGUUCAAGUUCUUCAUCAUCCUCAACCUCGCCCAAUCCCUCUGUGCCGCAACCGUCGCAUUCCUCUACCUCACCCUCCAGGGCAAAUCCCUCUCUCGCCCCUCUUCCUCCCUCACCUUCAAAUACCUCCAAGUGGCCCUCAUCGGAGUCAUCGCCUCACCCUUCUCCUAUGCCGCUCUGAAGCACAUCGACUACCCAACCAUGAUCUUGACCAAAUCCUGUAAACUCGUCCCCGUCAUGUUGAUGAACAUCUUGCUCUACCGUCGCAAGUUCCCGACCUACAAGUAUAUCUGCGUCGCACUUGUCACCAUUGGGGUUUCGGGAUUCAUGCUUUUCGCACCCAUGGACGACCACAAGGGAAAGAAGGGCGCUGCGGCCUCAUCAUUGUAUGGACUCUUCUUGGUGGCGAUCAACUUGACCCUCGACGGUGUCACCAACUCGACCCAGGACCAGAUCUUCCAUGCCUACAAGGUCACAGGACAGCAGAUGAUGUUUUUCAUGAACCUCUCUAUGUCCGCUUACAUGGCGACCUGGCUCUUGAACCCCUUCAACCCAGAACUCGGCCAGGCUCUCGCCUUCUGUCAGACCCAUCCUGCUAUUAUCAAGGAUAUCGCCAUGUUCUCGAUCUGCGGUGCCCUUGGCCAGUGCUUCAUCUUUUAUACCCUCGAGCAGUACGGCUCUCUCUCGCUUGUCACCGUCACCGUCACCCGGAAACUCUUCACCAUCCUCUUGUCUGUUGUUGCAUAUGGACAUCAGCUUACGCUUCAGCAGUGGUCUAUGGUCGCCGUCGUCUUCUCGGGAAUCGGACUCGAGGCAUAUGUCAAGCGGUCGGAGAAGCUGCAAAAGAUGGCCGCUGCUUCGUCGACUACAACGACUAAGACUGAGAAGGUCGUUCAGGGUUCGCCUACAGGAGCUACUACCACAACUACGAUCACCUCUACCACCACUCGACAGAGAACUACUAUUGUUGCCCCCAAGAACUAG